CCCCCAAUCAGUUAUUAGUUAAAUAUUUAAAUCUGUCUAUAUCUCGUGCCCGUUAACCCACGGCCCGCACCUCGCUCUGGACAAUUCCUAUCAUAUCUGUACGAUCGCCUUGGGCUUCUGUUGACCCAACAGCAAUAUGAAAGCCUAGGCCACUUGCUCAUAGAAACUGCUGCUGGGUGUUGUUGUCUCGUGUGGUGCUGCUGGGUAAAUAAAUAAAUAAAUAUCCCAUGAACUGAACUGUUCAUCCUCGCCGCCGCAGUCCUCCUCGACACCUCCUCAGGAUCUUUCUCAGUUGAAUCUGCGGUGGAAGAUGCACUGUCUUCCUCCCGCGCUGAGUCGUCCAUGAGUCGUCCAUCAACUAUUUAAAUAAUCAUUAAUCAUUCUCUAAAAAGCGCGCGGUUGUCUCUUCUCUCGCGGCUUCCUUCCCCCAGAUUCCUCUUCGGCCAAUCAUCCCAGUGCCAAAAUCCUCCGCCACCACCCCCUUCACACACAUCACACACGCCUGCAUCAUACAAUACUGUCAUCCAUUUCGAUAGCUACAUAACAUUCAAACUCUUCCUCCUUCAUACCUGCAUGCGUUACUCACUCCUAAGAUAGAAUACGCCGUCCGGCAACCCACCUGGCUUGUCCCGCCCUAGCAACCCACCUCAAAUCUCGACGAAAACCAAUACAUUAUAAACAACAAAAUAAUAAUAUAAAAAAGACCUUAUCCUGUGCCAUGGCCCCUUCUGCACCCCACAUCUCUAGCCAGCUAAGGCAACUAAUAUACUAUCACCUCGAUAACAACCUCAUCCGCAACGCCCUCUUCCUUGCCGGCCGUCUCCACGCUUUCGAACCCCGGUCGUCUGAGGCCUCCUAUCUCCUCGCUCUCUGCCACCUCCAGAGCGGCCAGCCUAAAGCUGCUUGGGAAUACAGCAGGAAUUCUGGAUCCAGAGGGACACAUGCUGGCUGUUCGUACGUCUAUGCUCAGGCAUGUCUGGACCUGGGCAAAUACAUUGAAGGGAUCACUGCGUUGGAAAGGAGCAGGAAUCUGUGGGCUUCUAAGAAUACCUGGAAUAAACAUAGCGAAACCCGCCGACAGCACCUCCCCGAUGCUGCAGCAUGUCUUUGCUUACAGGGAAAGUUGUGGCACGCCCAUCAGGAUCUGCAUAAAGCUGUCGAUUGCUAUGUUGAAGCUCUAAAAUUAAAUCCUUUCCUUUGGGAUGCAUUUCUCGGUCUCUGCCAAACAGGUGCCAAUAUACGAGUCCCCAACAUCUAUAAGAUGUCUCCAGAGAUGUUGGCAAUGCUUCCGUCCUCACAAGUACUCGAAAGCUCUGCAACAUUCGAGAAAGUCGCACAGACAAACGGCCCUUUGCAGGCUCAGCCAAAUAUCAACCAUAACCUAGAUCCGUUCACCUCGUUUAGCGCUCGUGUUGACGCCGCAAAUGGUUCUUCUGCGCUUUGGGAAAAGUUAAAUGGCAGCAACGUGAGUGUUGUUUCGGUCAAUGCCCCAGCUCCCGAAGGCUUGGAAACUCCAGUUGCACAAAGCGAUUCGGACGAACUUCGAGGCGGCGGCAGCGGUGUAGCUUCUGGUGAUCCGACUUGGGAGCCCCCUCUUGCACCUGCCAGGAAGAACAAAACCAUCCAGACUCUGGGUCUAGAUUAUGGUGCUGAUCCGCCACCUAAAAUGAAGACGACACUCAAACCCAGAAGUAAGACCAGGGUGGACCCAGAGGAUGCGCACGCGGCCAUUGUCUCUAGGGAAACUACUGCACCGUCAUUUGGAGGCGAACGGAAAAGAACGGUAUCCGGUCAGGUUGCCCACCACACAAGCUCACAACCCCCUGAGCCAGGAGCUCCGCAGCGACGUAGUGUGCGGCUGUUUAACCAGAUCCGCCCGACCAGCAGCAAAUUUUCAACCUCUUCAGCAGCGUUCGGAGCGCGGGAUGGUCGGGAGAUUAAAAAGGUGAAGUCGACUGGUGCAAAACCUCGAACCGUUUCUGGAUCGACGAUGGGCCGAGUGGUUAGCGGCAAUCGAAAGGCAGCUCCAGAUGGAAUGGACAUUGAUAAUAAAGAGAGUCGGGGAGUUCCCGUUUCUGCUGUUCCGAAUGGGGUGGUUGGCGGACAAUCGAAGAGUAGCGUCCCGGACAAAUCCAAGGACAUCGAGGCUCUUAACUGGGUUUUAGAUCUUUUUGCAAAACUUGCAGAGGGAUACUCUGCGCUUAUGGCAUAUAAAUGCCAAGAGGCAAUCCAGAUAUUCAACACGCUCCCGCAGAGUCAGCGGGAAACACCCUGGGUUCUGUCACAGAUCGGCCGUGCGAAUUACGAGCAAGGAUUAUAUGCAGAAGCUGAGAAAUAUUUCAUUCGAGUCAAAACUAUCGCACCGUCAAGGUUGGAGGAUAUGGAGGUCUACUCGACAGUUCUAUGGCAUUUGAAGAAUGAAGUUGAAUUGGCGUAUUUGGCGCACGAGCUGAUGGAGGUAGAUCGGCUCUCACCACAGGCCUGGUGUGCCAUCGGCAACUCCUUCUCCCUACAAUCUGACCAUGACCAAGCGCUCAAGUGCUUCAAACGCGCAACACAACUGGAUCAUACCUUCGCCUACGCCUUUACCUUGCAGGGUCAUGAAUACGUCUCGAAUGAAGAGUACGAUAAGGCGUUGGACGCUUACCGGCACGGAAUCAGUGCUGACAGCAGACAUUAUAACGCGUGGUACGGUAUUGGCAAAGUAUAUGAGAAAAUGGGCAAAUACAAAUUUGCGGAACAGCACUACCGGACAGCGUCCAAUAUCAAUCCAACCAAUGCGGUGUUGGUAUGGUGUAUCGGUUUGGUGCUGGAGAGGAUGGGUAAUCAAAAGGCUGCGCUGCUUCAGUACGGACGAGCCUGCUCGCUUGCGCCCCAGUCAGUUCUCGCUCGAUUGCGCAAGGCGCGAGUUUUAAUGAAGCUUAAUGAGCUUAAACUUGCACACGUGGAACUUAAGAUUCUGAAAGAUCUUGCUCCCGAUGAACCGAAUGUACAUUAUCUAUUGGGGAAGUUGUACAAAAUGCUCCAUGACAAGGCCAAUGCGAUCAAGCAUUUCACGACGGCCUUGAAUCUGGAUCCAAAGGCUGCUCAGUUUAUCAAAGAUGCAAUGGAAUCGUUAGAGAAUCCCGAAGACGAUGAUGAGGAUAUGGGAUGAUUUAAAAUCGCGGCCCACACUUGAUUGUAUCUUUAUAUUUCCUGCUUUUUUUACCCCUGCAGAUAGAUAUCUGCCUCUCAUCGCAGCCUGUGGACUCCCCCCCAAUUACUGUCCCCAGCCAUCCACCACCUCACUUGUGCCUCCACUCCCACACUGUCUUGUCUUUUCAGCUUAGCCUAGCGAGAUGUCUGAUGUCUGGAGGUUGUUCUUCUUCUUCUUUUCUUUUCUUUUUCUUUUCUUUUCUUUUCCUUUCUUUUACCUGUGCUGGGCAUUCGGUUUGGUGUUUGGUAUUUUCUCCAAAACUGGCACGACGUGCAUGAGCAUGAACAUGAGCAUGAGAAACAGGCGUUUUCUGGAUAUUUGAUUUGGUCCUUGCUUUUUUCUUUCUUCCUUUUUCUCUUUUACCUCCUUACUCCUUUCCCCGCAACUUCUUUCGUUUUAAUUCUGGAUACAAACCUGCACAGAUGUACACUUUCUCUCGAGAGGGGAGGCUCGAACGGAGAGGGUAGUGAUUGGGAAGUGAUUUGUUGGAUGGAAACUGGACGGGGAAAUAUGAAGGAUUCCAAUCUCCAAAACUAUCCAAGGAUGGCUUUUGAGAGAAGUGUAUGUCUUCUGUAACCUGCGAGAGCUGCCCUGUGAAUACAAAUUAAUGAUUAUUACCCCAUGGAGACGGCCUUCAUUCUUAUUCCCAAUUUAUUAUUAUUAAUACUCUUUAUUUUUAUUUUAUU